UCCCGGCGACACGGGUCCUGGAUGGGACUCGGCUGACUGCCCGCGCCCACUCCGGGAGCCACAUUUGCAGCUUCAGCUGUCUGUCCAGAACCUGCUCCCACCUCAGGCCCAGGCUGACAGUGAGCUGCGCAAUGGGCUCUGAGCUGGAGACGGCGAUGGAGACUCUCAUCAAUGUGUUCCACGCCCACUCGGGCAAGGAGGGGGACAAGUACAAGCUGAGCAAGAAGGAGCUGAAAGAGCUGCUGCAGACCGAGCUCUCUGGCUUCCUGGACGCCCAGAAGGAUACGGAUGCCGUGGACAAGGUGAUGAAGGAGCUAGACGAGAAUGGAGAUGGGGAGGUGGACUUCCAGGAGUAUGUGGUGCUGGUGGCUGCCCUCACAGUGGCCUGUAACAACUUCUUCUGGGAGAACAGUUGAGCAGACAGCCCCAGUGGGCAGCGCCCUUCCCCUCCACCCUGCCAUACCUGCCCCUUUGCCCUGCUUCCCCCUCACCCCACUUUCCCCUCCCCACACUCCCACCCUUGCCCCUCCUCCAACAAGGGCGCAAGAGUAGUGGGCCAGGCCUGCAACUCAUGUUUCAUUAAAGGCUCCUCUCUCACCAGCUGCUGUCUGUCUCCUAUGGG